UGUUGUUUUCUGGGUGUAUCCGUCGUGCACACAUCGCUUCAGAAGGAAUCGUCCGGUUGCUCUGGUUUCAACUUUUUAGUGGUUCAUUGAAAAGUGUAGGUACGUAAAGCAAGGCCGCCCGCCUCGAGAGCCAUCAUUCAUCAUCGGUUCGUGUGUCCAACUGGCCAAAAGUACCGUUCGAUCGUUGUCUCGGGUUUGUUGUUUUGCGUGCGAAGAGCGACGUAGCUGCGAAAAAAGUGGCACGAGAAGUGAUUACAAAACAGAUUUUCAUCAUCUUUUUUCUUUGCUCCCCUUGGUGGGUUCUCGUUUUCUGAUUUUUGCUCAAGCGUUAUCUAGGGUUCUCUGGAAAGGUUCCACCGAUUCCAGCCGUCAUCUGUCAGACCUAUGUGUGAAUAGCCUUGAAUCUCACGUGUGCUUCCUAACACCAAAAAAAUCCUGUCUGCAACCAUCUUAGGGAUCCCAAUCAGUGCAGUUAAAUAAUCAGCUACAGCCGAGUGUUUCAUCGUUGCUUAUCGGUGUUAUCAGUCUGAUUCGGGCUCCAAGUGAUUGUCCCUUUCCAGGGCCACCCGACUUGCUUCUGUGUUUUUUUUCUGCCCGAGAAAAGAAAAUUGAUUAAAUAAAACCGCAAGGUGUGAAAGUGUGUGACCCUGAAAGUUACUGAAACGACAAGGAGGAAAAUUGAACGGGGCUUUGAUUGAAGGAAACUUUACCGAAUCACGUUCCGUUUUUUUUUCGGUCGAGCAUUCGGGUAAAGUUGGCUGCUCCUCAGCAGCAACGUGUACUAGAUACCUGUCGGAUUGAACCAUAGCAAGCUGGGCUGAUUUUGCAGUUUCGAAGCCGCCCCAGAACCAGAGGAGGCCAACUUGACUAACAGAUUAACCAACACCACCGGCCUCUCCCUCCCCUCCGAGUAGAGUAGAAAGGAACUGCUCAAAAUUUCAUACUGACAUCAAAGCUCUCGCCACCACCCGGAUGGAUCACUCGGAACAUCACGACUACGGCCACGGGGCCAUGAAUCAUUCCAUCAGCGGCAGCGGGGGCGGAAUGGAGAUGCAUGGGCACCAUCAGGGAGGCCAUCACGGCUCGAUGGAUCACAGCUCGCAGGAUCACACGAUGAUGGAUCACGGAUCGCACAACGGCCACGGAGCCCACGGAACCGGAGGAAUGGAAGGGAUGGUCCAUCACAUGAUGUCGAUGGCGUUCCACGGAGGCUGCAACGAAACGAUCCUGUUCGAUCAGUGGAAAAUCGACAGCGUGCCGGGACUGCUCUGGUCCAUGCUGCUCAUCUUCAUCAUGGCGGCCCUGUACGAGGGUCUCAAAUACUACCGGGAACAUCUGUUCUGGAAAACGUACAACACCCUGCAGUAUCGGCCUGUAACGGUCACCGAGAAGAGUAGUCCCCGCAAUGGCGCCGUGGCCAACAACAAUGCCAGCAGUCCAACCGGGGCCAAUGGCGGUGCCGGCGGAGACGAUGGGUCCCGAGUUGUCCACAUGGUCGGCGAAGUCAUCCAUAAACAACCACCGACGAUGCUGUCGGCGAUGCACCUGUUCCAGACGUUCCUGCACAUCCUCCAGGUGACGCUGAGCUUCCUGCUGAUGUUGAUCUUCAUGACCUACAACACGUGGCUGUGCGUGGCCGUCGUUCUGGGCGCUGCCCUCGGCUAUUUCCUGUUCGGCUGGAAGAAAUCCGUGGUCGUCGACGUAACGGAACACUGCCACUAGUGGUCCGCCGAUCAGCAGCCGGCCCUGAGGCAAAAAACGCUGGUCAUUCGCCGUUGGAGCAAUCGGCGUUUUUGAAGCUCAGCCGAAGGAAACACACAAACGGUGGCGAUGCUCUCAUCAUCAAAGCAAUGGAGAACGAAUGGCAAAGUGUACGAAUGGAAACUCAAAAUAGGAAUAUUUUUUUACAUUUUAGAGUAUAUUACAUAGUAGGGUAUAUAUAAAUUAUAAAAAACAAAAACUGUGAAUAUUGCCUAAAAGACUAUAUAACUCGUAACCGCCUGCACUAGAAAAAAGAUAGUGUUGGCGAUAAAAGGUGGUUAGGGUUUUAAAUUUGGUUUUUGUUUACCCGUUUUGUUCUCUUUUUAACCUGUAUUAGAUUAGUUAUCCCGUUUAUGAUUCUCAACGAAAAAAAAAUGUAAAAAAAUUGUUAACUGUAUUAAGAGUCGGGCAAGCAAGCAAGUGAGGCUCUGCCGCCAAACACAUUUUGUAGCCAGUACAACAGAAACGAAUACUAUACAUAUAUUCAGAUGUGUAAUAAAACAAUAUAGCAAAGUAAAUUGUGCUAAACAGGUAUUUAACAGGAAUCGAAAGUCCAACGUGCUUAGUGCAAAUAAGUGAGAAAGCAAAAACAAAAAAUUGCACGUUAAACAAACACAGAAAACGAAAACACAGACGGUUAAUCAAACACAAACUACAACUGCAGUAAGGCAUUUGAUAAUACAUACUACCUAGUAAGUAUGUCAUUUUUAUUUACCUUUUUAAAACGAUAACGGACCGAUCCGUUUUCCGAACUGUAUAUCUAUCUAUCAUCCUACCCAAACAACACGGUUAACAUUUGAGGAUUUGAGGUGCAAAACUCGCGACGUUGUAAAUACUGCAUAAAAUGAGAAACCAUGCAACCAGUGGUAAAAGUUUUUAACUGUGUCAAAAAUGUGGUUUUGUUAGCUUUGAAAAUUGUUUGAAUUCAAAUCGAUAUUAUACGUUGAAUUUUAUCGAAAAUCAUAACCGAAACCAAUAAUCAAUUGUUCUUCCUAAAGGUGUUCAUAAUAAAAAUCCAUAUAAAAAAUGUAGAAUACCAUUUGAAACAUUUUUCCUUCUUACUUUGAUGUUACUUUCAUUGAUGCACUUUUCGAGGUAUAAUUUGAAACAUGCCAAGCAACCCUGAGUGCCAAUAUUUGAGAAAAAAAUUAAAAACAGUACCAGACAAGCAAUUUGAAAAUGUAAAGAAUUUAUAGAAUCGAAAUCGACAAAAAGCACAGAAUAAAUAGAAAGGUUGGCAGUUCUGUAUCAAAAUUUGGAAAAUAAGCCUUAUCGAUUAAGGAAAACCAUUUUUACUAGAUUUUCGUUUUCAUUUGAAUAGUUUUUUUUAUGUUUACAAUAACUAUAGCAUGACUCAAAAAAUUUAUAACAAGUUCAAAAGCAAACAAAACCGAAAAUAUCAAGUCAAUGCGAAGUGAUCACCUUCACAAAUGAAUUAAUAUUGAGAACAACAAAAAUGCCCAUUGGUUGCAUGGUAGCAAUAGAUCUUUGUUGAAGCACACAAGAUACACAUACACAACUGAGCUUUGCAAAACCGAGAAAAACAAACAAACAACCUACAUAUACCGAAUUAGUUUUGUGAAUAGUUUAGGACUAAACACUGCAUCAUAAACACUACAACCCCAAAAAUAGCAACAACAAAAAAACAACAUAUUUUUCAAAAUACAACCAGUUUGAACCGAA